AUGGCAGCAAAAACAGAAUGUAAACCAAAAGAGUCUCAGCUGCAAUUGUUAAACUGCUGCUUUGGUCGAUCUGCAGUUAAAGACACGCAUUACAAAACACAGCAGACGGUCAAGUCAGAAUCACCGCAAGUUGGAUUAAAAGGCGACCACAGAGAACGUGAUCACAAACAAAAACAAAAAUAUUAA